UCUCGAUCGGAUUUCCAGGCCAAACCUCAGCUCCGGCGGCAGCAUCAGCCCGGCCCAUCUCGUGCUCCCAGGCGCUGCGCCCCGAGAAGGCGCAGAGCGCGGCCGCCGCAGCUGAGCCGCCCGCCGCGCCCCGGGUCCGCGCAGCCCCGGCCAAGAGCGCGGCGCGCGCAGCCGUGUCACCCCCCCACCCAAGGCAGCGGCGGCUGCUUGGACGUCGGUUUCUGGAGGUGCAGGGCAUCGGCGGGGGAGCUGUCUGCAUCCCUCGCCCUUCUCGAGGCGGCGGCGGCGGGAGUCUUGGCCACCGCCUCCUGCGCACCCUCGCUGCCCCAGGAUUGCGAAUUCGUGCCCCUGACCUGUUGGGCGGGGCUCUGCGCUCCUGCCCUCGGCCCGGAUGGGGCUCCUGGCUGGGACUCGGGGCUCCUGGAGUUAAUGUCCAACUGGGGGUCUGCGGAGACCGGAUCCGAGGUGCCGCCGCCGGACGGGACUCUAAGAUGAAGUUAUGGGAUGUCGUGGCUGUCUGCCUGGUGCUGCUCCACACCGCGUCCGCCUUCCCGCUGCCCGCCGGUAAGAGGCCUCCCGAGGCGCCCGCCGAAGACCGCUCCCUCGGCCGCCGCCGCGCGCCCUUCGCGCUGAGCCGUGACUCAAACAUGCCAGAGGAUUAUUCUGAUCAGUUUGAUGACGUCAUGGAUUUUAUUCAAGCCACCCUCCGAAGACUGAAAAGGUCACCCGAGAAGCAAGUGGCCGUGCCACCCCGGAGAGAGCGGAAUCGCCAGGCUGCGGCCGGCAGCCCGGAGAAUGCCAGGGGGAAAGGGCGGCGAGGCCAGCGGGGCAGAAAUCGGGGGUGCGUCCUAACUGCAGUACAUCUAAAUGUCACUGACCUGGGUUUGGGCUACGAAACCAAGGAGGAGCUGAUUUUUAGGUACUGCAGCGGCUCCUGCGAUGCGGCCGAGACAAUGUACGACAAAAUACUAAAAAACUUAUCCAAAAAUAGAAGGCUGGUGAGUGACAAAGUAGGGCAGGCUUGCUGCAGACCCAUCGCUUACGAUGACGACCUGUCGUUUUUAGAUGACAACCUGGUUUACCACAUUCUAAGAAAGCAUUCCGCUAAAAGGUGUGGGUGUAUCUGACUCCGGCUCCAGAGACUGCCACGUGUUGCAUUCCUGCUACAGUGUAAAGAAAGGGACCAAGGUUCCCAGGAAAUGUCAGCCCCGAAUGGAAGACGAGGACCAAGGAGGCGGAGGAGGAAGGGGGAGGAAGGCAGCCGUUGGGGGAGCCUGGUAGAGGGAGAUCCAGCUACAGAGAACU